CCGCCCUGUGACGUCAUCGGCCCCUGCGCCGCCACCGCUCCGCCCAGGUCCUGGCCUCCGGUCCCGUUCCGCCGCUCCGUCGACACUCGCCCGCCGCCACCGCCGCCAAAAUGUCUACGGGUGCGCCUGCAGGUCCAAGCGCUGCCUCCGGCAGUAACCGCAAACUUCAGCAGACACAGAACCAAGUGGAUGAGGUGGUGGACAUCAUGAGAGUGAACGUGGACAAGGUGCUGGAAAGAGAUCAGAAGCUCUCCGAGUUAGACGACCGCGCGGACGCACUGCAGGCAGGAGCUUCCCAGUUUGAAACAAGUGCUGCCAAGUUGAAGAGAAAAUAUUGGUGGAAGAACUGCAAGAUGUGGGCCAUAGGCAUCACCGUGGUGGUCAUCAUCAUCAUCAUCAUCAUCGUGUGGAGUGUGUCCUCAUGAAGAACCAGUCAGCCUCCAGCCUGCGGUUCCGGAAACCUCUUCAAGACUUUGACUUAGAGCCUGCUAUCUUAUCAAGCUUACAAACUGUAAUGUGUAAAAUGAUUAUUCUCUGCUA